CCAGGAGGGUCGACCGGCCCGCGCGGAGCGGCCCGCGCCCGCGGGCCACGGGGGCGCGCGGCGCGCUCUCCCCGCGGGGCGCGCGGGGCCCCGGGAGGGGGCCGCUCGGGAUAGCCAUGGACUCCAUCGGCGUGCUCGUCCCCUCGGACCGGAUCGCCCGCGUGAUCGGUAAGGCCGGCUUUGGCCUGAAGCAGAUCAGGGAGAUGACGGGCGUGAAGGUGAACGUGCAGGAGAGCGGCGGCGAGUCCGACGUCGAGUCACGCCGUAUGGACAUCAGCGGGUCAACGGAGCAGAUUGCGCUGGCGUUCGCCUUGGUCAUGAACAAGGCCUACACUGGGAUGCAGGAUGUGAACCAGACAAUUUGCAUCCCGCAGGACAAGGCCGGCGGUGUCGUCGGCAAGGGCGGGGACAAUCUGAAGAGGGUACGGGAGGAGUGCCGGGUCCGCGUCUCGCUGGAACGCGACCCAGUUGUGAACGCCGAGAAGGGUGUGGAGGGGCUGAUGCUCCACAAACGCGCCGUGGCUAAUGGAGGCACUUCAGACUUUGAUCCUGAACGCCCGUGGGAGUACUCCUUCAGGGCGUUGGAAGACGACGUGAAGUUCUGGCGCCGCGAGCUCGAGGAGCCCGCAUUGCUCAUCAAGACUGGGGGCAACAACAUCCAGGAGAGCUUGUCCGACGACGCACUCACGUCACGUGGGGCUGGCGGUCAGGGCGGGGGCGGCCGCGGCUCUGGAGCUGACCGCUCCAGCGCUGGUUCUCGGCCUCCCCCCCAGCUUCGUGGUGGCGGAGCCGAUCGUUUCGACUUGGCUCCGAAGCGCCAGAAGCACGAGGUCGACAGCGACGGGUUCUUCAUCAAGAACCGCAACGGCAAGUUCAUCUGCAAGGAGUACCAGCAGGGCAGCUGCGAGGGCAAGCACCUCCAGUGCCCCAAGGACCCCCGGAAGGUUCACCAGUGCAACAGGUGCCUCAGGCAGGGGCACGGCUCGAAGGAUUGCCGCCAGCCGUUUGCCAAGGACCUGAAGGGCAAGGGCAGCGGCAAGGAUCGGAGUUCGGAUAGCUUCGCGGACUGGUGCCGCUGCCUGGGCGGCUUGCUGGGUUUCGACGUUGCUGUGUUCAUGGCGGACGCCACCUCCGGCGUCGACCUGGCGGAUGAUAUCAUCUGGAACCAGAGGCCGACCAUGUGCAACCCGCUUCGCGAGCAGGCCGCCGAUGUCAAGGCAGCGGAGCGGAAAUCGCGCGAUCCAGAUUGGGCAGUGCCGCAGUGGCUGAUGACCUCAGGCGUGCCGGGAGGAUUGCGUGUCCACCCGGAAGAUUGCCAUAUUUUUCUUCGCACGGACGUGAACGCGCAGGCGCCGGAAGAGCUGGCCACAGACUACGGUCAUCACCAGGCUUACCGUUCCGUUGAGGAGGACGACGAAGCAUGGAAUGAUAUAAUGGCCCUGGUGCAGCGCGGUUGGCUCCGGCAGUGCGACUCGCUUGGCGAGGUGGCGGCUUCUCUGGAUGGCGAGGCGCCCGUUCUCAGCAAGUUCGGGGUAGUUGUCAAAACCCGGAACGGUCGCAUCAAGCGACGCCUCAUCUUGGACAGCAAGGUGUCCGGCGUCUCGGCCGCCACGUCCAAACUGGAACGCGUGCUGUUGCCUAAGCUCCUGGACGUGGCGGCCGACGUGCUCGACGUGAUAGCGGCUAACACUGUGCAGGCGGCGCAGAGCCGCGACGCGGGGGCGGAGUUCUUCGUCCUCGUCUUCCAAGACGCAUUUUGGCACAUGCCGCUGCCGAGCGGGGCUGCCGGCGGCGUGUGGCUGUGGGUGCCAGACGAGGAGGAUCAGGUCGAGAAGACCAACGACAGGGUGCAGCGCAGGUGGCGCCACGUGGUGGCGAAGGUGCUGAAGCAGAGGUACCUGAGGGGUUUCUGGUCGGUGCUCGGUGAGUACCUCAAGUACGUCAAGUCAGCGGUGGAGGCGCUGAGGCUUCAGAAUGCACAGUUGACGCAGCAGGCCGAGCAGAUGCAGCAGCAGAAUGUUCAGAUCAGGACGGAGCUCGCUCGGCAGGUCCAGGCUCAGGGAGAUCUACCACGGCUGGCCGAGCAGCUCGGCGAUGCGGUGCAGAAGCUGUCAGAUGAAAGAAAAGAGAAGUCUUCUGCGCCGGCCUUUUCCCUUGUGGACACCAAGGGGCUGGGCAAGCCCUCCAUCUUCAAGAAUGAGGAAGCGAAGUUCCUGGAGUGGUACCGCAAGACGAACGCGUACCUGACGGCAGUCUUCGGAGAGCAGUUCCGCAAGCUGCUGGAGUGGGUGGAGGAUCAGGCGCAGGAGACCACGGUGAUUAGCAUGGAGGUUCUGGAGGCAAGGUUCGGCAGUGACGACGAUGACGAGGAUGAGUUCAUUCCAGACCUCCGCGAGAAGGUCAGCCAACUGUACGUGGCACUCCAGACGCUGACAGAAGGUGAGAGCUUCGCCCUAGUGAUGAACACUCCCAAGGGCAACGGCGCUGAGGCGAUGAGGAAGCUCAUCAGGCGCUGGGACCCCGCGUCUGGGGGCAAGCGCCGCGUGCUCUUGAAGCAGAUGAUGAACCCGCAGCGGUGUACCCUCAGCGACCUGUACGCCAAGCUCGAGGAGUGGGAGGAGCUCAUCCGCAGGUACGAGCGGAAGAAGGCAGACGGCCUGGGCAAGGUGGUCGACGAUGACGUGAAGGUUGCAGCCCUGGAGACGAUGGUGCCGGAAGAGCUCGAACUCCACCUCGCGAUGAACAAGCAUCGGUUGGACACGUCGGAGAAGGUCGUAGAGGAGAUCAGGAGUUUCCUCGAGUCGAGACAGUCGCAAGGUGCCCUACUCCGACGGAAGCGAGGUGACCCAAUGGACGUUGACUCGCUGUACAAAGGAAGCAAGGGCAAGUCCAAAGGUAAGGGUGACAAGAACGGCAAGAAGGGCCAGACCACCAAGCCGCGUGACAAGCGGACGGUGCAGUGCUGGCGCUGCAGUGGCUGGGGCCAUACGUCUAAUGAGUGCACAGCCCGCUUGACUGGCGGGAAGACCGGCGACGGCAAGGGCAGCAAAGGCAAAGGCAAGGGCAAGGACGCGGACAAGGACAAAGGCAAGGGCAAGAGUCGCCGCUGGGACACCAACUCCUUCGAGCCCGGUGCCGCGUCGAGCUCGAGCCAGCCGGUCUACGGAGACAACUGGGGCGAUGGCAACAACAGCACGAUCACCAGCCUACCGCCCUCAGCGAGCCAGGUGGGUUCCACGAACCUUGGCUCCUUCGAGCUGUGUACGUUCGAGCUCAACAGCUUCGACGAGACCAUCGACGACCAGGAGUGGAUCAGGUUCACGUUCGACUCGGGCGCGGCCGUGACCACCUUCCCCGAGGACACCAAGGGCGAGCGGCUCCCGGCCGAUCCGAAUGCGAGCUAUCGGACGGCCAGCGGUGAGAUCAUAGCAGACUCGGGCGGUGUAUGCAUCCAAGGGCGAUCCGAGUGGAGCGAGCCGAUCAGGCUGAAGGCACGCCUGGCCAGCAUCCACAAGCCGCUGGUCUCGGCCUCGCAGACUCACCGCGCGGGCCGGGCCACCUGGCUGACGAAGGAGGGUGGCUACAUCCUCCCGGCCGGCUCGGACAUCGUGAACCGCGUCGACGCUCUCAUUCGUGACGCUGUGUGGAGUGAGUCGGGCGUGGUGCCGCUGUAUGUUGAGAAGGGCGUCUACGCAGGCUACAUCAAGAAGAACGAGGAAGGCCACGUCAGGAGAGUCACGUUCGGCGACCACCGCGAGAGCUGGGACUUGUGCCCGGUCGAAGUCGCGCGCCGUGGCAGGGCGCCGACGCAGGCAGAGCGGGAGCAGCACUUGGCAUCGGGACACGCGGUCUACCGCUCGUGGUGCGAGGAGUGCGUGCGGGCAGCCGGCCUUGGCGCCCAGCGCGCCAGGCGACCUGAGGAUCGUGAUGACGCCGACCCGGUCGUCAGCAUGGACUUCGCCUUCGUCGGGGAGAAGGUCCCGGACGUAGAGGACGACGGCUCCAUCCCCAUCUUAGUGGUGACGGACCGCAAGUGCGGCAUGAAGGGGGCGACCGCCGUCAAGGACAAGACCGCGUCCGACUUCGUAGUCAAGUGGCUCGUGGGCUUCUUGAAGCACCUCGGGCACCGCCGUGUCGUGCUCAAGUCCGACGGCGAGGCGAGCAUCUGUGCGAUCAAGAAUGCGGUGAUGGUUGGUGUGGGCCAGCAUGUCGAGUGCAUCCCGCAGGAGUCGCCCAAGGGCGAGCACAAGAGCAACGGCGAGGUCGAAGCCAGCGUGAAGGAGGUGAAGAAGGUCAUCCGAGCGAACUUCUUCUCCAUGCAGAAGUCCUUCGGCUUCGAGGUCUCGCCAGGGCAUCCCAUCGUCAGGUGGCUGCCCCAGUUUGCCGCGGACUCCAUCUCCAAGUUCAGGCUCGGCGUUGACGGCAUGUCGGCCGAGCAGCGGAGGUGCGGCCGCCCCUGGAGGAAGUUCGCGGCGGAGUUCGGCGAGAGGGUGCACUAUCGACCUCUCGGAGUCGGAGACGAGAGGAGCACGCUGGCCCCCAAGAUGCUCAUGGGGCACUUCGUGGGCUACCACUCGCGGACAGGCGCACUGCUCGUCAUGACGCAGUCGGGCGUGGUGCGGGCCCAGGGCUUCAAGCGCCUGCAUCGAGCCCAGGCAUGGUCGCCGGAGACGCCAGGGUCAUGGGGCAAGCUUGCUGGACUGCCGUGGGAGGUUUCCCCCGCGGUGUUGCUCGCACAGCCCGCAGGCCCGAUCAUCGUGACUAGAGACACGCAGGAGGACCACGACACUGUGGUCAGGAGACGCUACGUACUCAAGAAGGACAUCGAACGCUUCGGAGCUACUCCGGGGUGUCCAGGCUGCGCGGACCUCAUGGCAAGGGGGUCGGCGCGGGUCGCGCACUCCCAAGAGUGCCGCGAUCGCAUCGAGGCCGAGCUGAUGAAGGACUCGGCAGGCCAGCGGAGACUGGCGGAGCACCACCUGAGGGCGAGUGCUCGUGAGGCUCAGGCGGAGGAGAGCGCGGCGCAGCCGGCGCCCCAGCCUGGAGCAGCCGCAGCCAGCGGCGGAGGAGCCGCUGCGGCCAGCAGCGGAGGAGGCGCCGCGGCAGGACCCGGCGCAGACGUGGCCAUGGCAGGUCCACGUGCAAGCGCCCCGGCGACGCCACAGGCAGCAUCGAGGAAGCGUGCUGCGAGCGUGUCCGCCGAGGAGCGCCGCCCGCCGCAGUUGCGAGACGGGCCGAGAGGGCUCAAGAGAGCUGGGAGCGAGCCGGACCUCCACGGGCAGAUGAUCGUGGACGGAGGCUCGAGCUCGUCGGCUGGACCGGCGAGCGCGGCAGUGUCCGCCGGGCUGGUGCAGCCCGCGCCUAGCCCAGAGGGGGCUAGAGGAGGUGGCGACAUGGAGGACUUGGCAGGACCAGCUGCACGAGCUGGCAGCUCCAUGGACGUCGGCGCCUUUGACGAGGUCAAGGGCAAGAUCUACAAGGAGAUCCUGGCGCUGGUGAGCGCCACGGACUUGAUCGGCGACAACGUCAUGUCGAUCAAGGAGCUGAAGGAGGUGUCCGCGCUGUUGACCGAGAUCAACGGGGUCGACCUCGCGGAGGUCUACUCGCCAGAGCGCUUCAAAGAGAAGGCGCUCGGCAUGGGCCUGACGGCAGGCCUCGCGGCGGACCUCUACACCGGCUGGGACUUGCUUCGCGAGGACCACCGCCGAGCAGUCAUGAAGAAGCUGCUGGAGGAGGACCCUCUCCUCACCGUGACCUCUCCGCCGUGCACGGUUUUCUCCAAGCUCAGGCAGCUCAGCAACUUCAAGCGGGACGAGGGCAUCGUGGCUUCCGAGGUCCUCGAGGGCGAGACACACCUGGAGUUCUCCAUGAAGGUGUGCGAGAGCAGGCAUCAGCGAGGAGCACUUUUCUUGCAUGAGCACCCCUGGGGAGCAUCCUCCUGGUCGCGGCCGUGCGUCCAGAGGGUCAAGGAGUUGCCGGGCGUGUACUCUGUGCGCGGCCCGAUGUGCCGCUGGGGCCUCCACGCUCGGGGGCCCGAUGGGCGAGAGGCAUUCGUGCGCAAGGAGACGGGCUGGCUGACGAACUCGCAGGUCUUGGCCGACAUCUUUGCUGGGGAGUGCCGUUGCCAGUCCAUCGGGGGCGAACCCUACCGGCACGUGCACUUGAUCGGCGACAGGAGGGCUCGAAGGGCGCAGGUGUACCCACCCCGCCUGGUCAGAGCCAUCCUUCGCGGCCUCGGGGAGGAGCUUCGACUUCGAGAAUCGCUGUCUGACCUGGCAGGCUUCACCGCCGGGCCCUCGCCUCACGCCGAGGAUAUGGACCAGGAGGCGGAGGCGUUCGUGGACGACGUCCGCGGGGGCUUCCUCGACCCGCUGAAGGUGAAGGAGGCCAGGGCUGAGGAGCUGGAGUGGUGCCGCAGCCGUGGAGUGUGGAAGAAGGUUCCACGCCGCGAGAUGGAGGCGGAAGGAGGUCGUGCCAUCGACACGCGGUGGAUUGACACCAACAAGGGGGACCUCGAGCGACCGUUGUACCGCUCGAGGCUCGUGGCACGGGAGAUGAAGGUUCGCCGGCGCGCCGAGGGGCUGCUGCCGCCGCAGCAGGACCUCUUCUCGGGGACGCCACCGCUGGAGGCGUUCAAGGCGCUGGUCAGCCUUUUCCUCAGCAGGGUGUUCGAGCAGUUCCAGAGCUCGGAGCCCCGCGAGGUGCUGUACAAGUUCUACGACGUGUUGCGUGCCCAUUUCUACGGGCACGUGCAGAGGCGUCUCUGGGUGGAGCUUCCGCCCGAGGAGCGCCAGGACGAGGAGGAGCCACUCGUCGGACUUCUGCUUCGCACGAUGUACGGCACGAUGGAUGCGAGCCAGGUCUGGCAGGGUGACUAUGUCGAGCUGCUCAAGUCCGUCGAGUUCCUGCAAGGGAAGUCGAGUCCCGCCAUCCUGUGGCACCCAGGGCGUGACAUCGCCCUCGAGGUGCAUGGCGACGACUUCGGCGUGCUGAUGUAUGCAGACGACGAGGCCUGGUUUGACGAGCUGUUGAAGAAGUACGACUACAAGGUCACGGGCCGCCUAUCAUCGGCGGCCGAAGGGGUCCAGAGCACGGUCUACCUGAACCGCGUGCUCAUCUGGGAUCCCGCCGCAGGUGAAGCACGCAUCGAGUCGGACGUCCGCCACGUGGACAUGAUCUUUCGGGACCUGCACCUGUGCGACGCCAAGCCGGUGCAGACGCCUGCGGUCAAGAAGAGUGUGACCGAGAUGAUCGAAGCCUCGCAGUCCCAGACGCUCGAUGACGCACAGUCCAAGCUCUACCGCUCGCUGGUCAUGCGGGCGAGCUACAUCGGGCAGGACAGACCGGACCUCAGCUACAUAGCGUCUUCUCUGGCCAAGUCGAUGAAGACGCCACGUGAGUCGGACAUGAUGGACCUGAAGCGCCUUGGGAGAUACCUCAAGCAGGCCAGGGCAGGCUCACUGGUAUUCAAGCUGCAGGAGGCCCCCAAGCGCAUCGAGAUCUUCGUAGACGCUGACUGGGCUGGCGAGGCUACCACCAGGAAAUCACGCAGUGGCAUGAUGCUCAUGCUCGGCUCUCAUCUUGUGAAGCACGCUUCCACGCAGCAGACCACGGUGGCGUUGUCUUCUGGGGAGUCCGAGUAUUAUGCGAUGCUGAAGGGUGCAAGCCACGCUUUGGGGCUCCAGUCUAUGCUCCAAGACUUCGGCGUGCAGCACCUAGAGAUGCCACUACUGCGCAGCGACAGCGUGGCGGCCGAGGGCAUCGCCACGCGGCAGGGCCUUGGCGCGGUCCGCCACAUCGACACGAGAUUCUUGUGGCUGCAGGACCAGGUCAAGGCAGGCAAAGUGGAGAUCAAGCACGUGCCGGGACUCCAGAACCCGGCCGAUGCAUUCACGAAGGCUCUGGAUCAGACACAUCUGAGACGGCAUUUUGAGGCUAUGGGCUUUAAGGUGCGCGACGAGGGCAGCCGGCUCCAUCGCACUCUCUAG